ACCCUCCCCCGGAACCCUAGCCACCGCGCGCGACCCCAUGGCGCCGCCCAGCUCGCCGCCCUCGGCCGCCGCGCCCGCGCGGUCCUCCUCCCGCAAGCGCUCCGCCUCCGCCAAGGCCGCGCCCGAGGAGGCCACGGUCACCAAGCGCCCCCGCAAGGGCACCACCUCCGGCAAGAAGAAGCCGGCGCCCAAGGCGGCGGGCAAGAAGAAGCAGCAGAAGGCCACCAAGGCGCCGCGGGAGAAGAAGGAGAAGGCGGCGGAGGAGCGGCCCGAGGACGAGGUGUGCGCGGAGGAGCCCGACGAGGAGGAGCUGGCCCUCGGCGAGGAGGACGAGCCCUCCGCCUCCGGCGAGCAGCAGCCGCGGGAGGAGGGGCAGGCGGCCAAGAGGCGCGUGGCGCAGCCGUCCAAGAAGGCCCGGAACGUCGCCGCCGGCGACAAGGAGCCCGAGUUCCUCGGCGAGCCCGUCCCCGCCGACGAGGCCCGCGCCAAGUGGCCCCAGCGCUACCAGCGCGGCUCCCCCAAGAGGCCGGAGGAUGAGGAGGACAUGAAGGCGCGCGUCCACUACCGCUCCGCCAUGGUCGAUGGCGUGGUCUACGCGCUGGGCGACGACGUCUACGUCAUGGCUGGGGAAAAUGAGGCUGAUUACAUUGGCAGAAUAACUGAGUUUUUUGAGGGUGUUGACAAGACCAGCUACUUUACCUGUCGUUGGUACUUCCGUCCAGAGGACACGGUUAUAUCUAGAGCCAAAUUUGUCAAUGAUCACACACAUGACCCAAAGCGUGUCUUUCUCUCCGAGGAAAAGAAUGAUAAUCUGCUUGAUUGCAUCAUAUCAAAGGUCAAGAUAAUCCAUGUUGAUCCCAAUAUGGACCCAGCAGCCAAGGCCAAACUGGUGGCUCGCACCGACUUAUACUAUGACAUGUCAUAUACAGUUGCUUAUUCUACAUUUGCUAACAUCCCAUCAGACACCACAGAGAAUUCUGGUAUUUCUACUGAUGCUGAUUCAGAGAAUGGGACCCCAGUAAAAACGGCAUCCCUCCUUGACCUGUAUUCUGGUUGUGGUGGGAUGUCAACAGGGCUGUGCUUGGGUUCAACACUUGCUGGCCUGAAACUUGAAACAAAAUGGGCUGUUGACCUGAACAACUUUGCAUGCAAGAGCCUUAAAUAUAACCAUCCCAAAACAGAGGUUCGAAAUGAAAAAGCCGAGGAUUUUCUUGCACUUCUUAAGGAAUGGGCGAUUCUAUGUGACAAAUAUGUCCAUAGCAAUGAUUCUGAUGCAGCAGAUCCUGUUGAGGAAGAGGAAGAUGAUGAGCCUCUUGGAAAGGAUGAGUUUGUGGUGGAAAAGCUACUUGAGAUCUGCUAUGGUGGCACUGGGAGGAAAAAUGGAAUCCAUUUUAAGGUUCAAUGGAAAGGAUAUGGCCCAGAAGAGGAUACCUGGGAGCCCAUAGAAAACCUGAGUGACUGCCCAUUGAAAAUUAAAGAGUUUGUGCAAGAAGGGUACAGGCGAAACAUUCUACCCCAGCCUGGUCAGGUUGAUGUUAUUUGUGGUGGCCCGCCCUGCCAAGGGAUAAGUGGGUUCAACCGAUUUAGAAACCGUGAUAACCCUUUAGAAGAUGAGAAAAAUCAACAAAUGGUUACCUAUAUGGACAUUGUUUCUUAUCUGCAACCAAAGUUUGUCUUGAUGGAGAAUGUGGUGGACAUUCUGAAAUUUGCCGAUGGCUAUCUUGGAAGAUAUGCAUUGAGCCGUCUUGUAUCCCUGAACUACCAAGCCCGCCUUGGAAUGAUGGUAGCUGGUUGCUACGGGCUUCCUCAGUUCAGAAUGCGGGUGUUCCUUUGGGGAGCUCUCCCUACCAUGGUCCUCCCAAAGUAUCCUCUCCCUACUCAUGAUGUAGUUGUACGUGGUGGUGCUCCAAAUGCUUUCUCGCAAAGCAUUGUUGCAUAUGAUGAGACGCAAAGACCGACUUUGAAGAAAGCUCUCCUUCUUGGUGAUGCCAUUUCAGAUUUGCCCAAGGCAAGUGCUUUCUUCCCUUGUUUCAUUUCUUCCUCUUCUACAUUUGUUCUUACAUCCAUUAUUAUGCAGGUAGACAACUGUCAACCUCAUGAGGUAAUUGAAUAUGGUGGUCAACCCAAGACUGACUUCCAGCGCUACAUUCGACUUAGUCGUAAAGAUAUGUUGGACUAUUCCUUUGGUGAUGCCACUUGUCCUGAAGAAGGAAAGCUCUUGGACCACCAGCCUUUGAGGCUAAACCAAGAUGAUUAUGACCGCGUCCAGCAGAUUCCGAUAAAGAAGGGGGCAAACUUCCGUGACUUGCCAGGCGUCAAGGUCGGAGCGAAUAACAUUGUGGAGUGGGAUCCAGAUGUUGAGCGUGUCUACCUCAAGUCCGGCAAACCUUUGGUCCCUGACUAUGCAAUGUCCUUCAUCAAGGGCAGAUCACCAAAGCCGUUUGGUCGGUUGUGGUGGGAUGAGACAGUUCCCACGGUGGUGACCAGAGCAGAGCCCCAUAACCAGAUCAUACUGCACCCGAAUCAGGGACGUGUUUUGACUGUCCGUGAGAACGCAAGGCUGCAGGGUUUCCCUGACUACUACCGGAUGUAUGGUCCCAUGAAGGAGAAGUACAUCCAAGUCGGUAAUGCGGUGGCUGUCCCGGUUGCACGGGCUCUGGGCUACUCCUUGGGCCGAGCAUACCAGGGCGAGGUGGACGCGGGGUAUGAUGCGCUGUUUGUUCUUCCUGACAGCUUCACCAACAUCGGACAGACCGGUGCGAGGGCAAGGGCCUCCUCCGUUGGGACCCCUGCAGGUGAGGUUGUCGAGCAGUAGAACAGAGCCUAUCUGUUGUGUUAUGUGGGGUGUGGGGGUUCGAGUCUAGUCCAUUUGUCGCAGGAACUAAAAUGCUGCAGCAUGUAAGGAUUGCUCGAGUUGUUACUGUACUUCGCUGGUUGAACUUGUGAUCAUUGAGAUCCUUAGUCGUAGAUGAAGAAACUGGUAGUAUGUUGUUCCAUUGUUGCUACCCAUUGACAAUUAUUAUUGUCUGUUGUUUCAUCACUGGAAUUGGUCUGGUGUAUGUUGGAUUUGUUUUA